AUGGCUCUGACUGUGGAGGUUCGCAUGCUCUCUGGUGCGCUGUUGCGGAAGCUCGAGAUGGACGCUGGUGCCGCCGUUGGAGACCUGCGCGUGGCCCUUGAGGAGCCAGACAGCGGACUCAACGUCGAGCAGCAGGAGCUUCUGCAGUCGUUGAUGGCAGGAGGUGCAAAGCUGAUGUCGGGAACUACAACUCUGGAGGAUACGACUCAGCUGCGCGACGUGCCAGAGGAAAGCGGCGUUGUGACCAUCAAUCUCGUGUUAUGUCCGUCGCCGCUAGUUGGUCGAACCUUUGCAGGUUCAGCACCCAUCAAGGCAAGCGGCGUGUACGGAAGUGCUAGUGGCCGCAUCAGCUUCCACGAGGAGAACACUUGUGACGUGCACUGGAAGAACGGAUAUACGUCAGCAGGCCACGCAGACUCUGCCAGCGAAGGUGAGUUUGAGGCUGAGGUGGUUCUGCAGCUUCCCAAAAUCUCCAUCCGCAGCAAAGGGAAGGGGAGGAGGCGCCAUGGAAGCUGCUAUGGCGGCUUUACAGAAGAUUCCUGGAGCCCCGACAGCACAGCGCACCAGUUGGAGGGCGAGUACGUCCCAGAGAAGGGUCUUAAGCUCACUGGUUGGCAGAAGAUGGCGUACUACAACUACCCCAUGGAUGACGCGCUUCUCACGGAGAGCACCUCCACCAAGUGA